UAUUUAUUGAUCGGGAAGUGCUGCGCUGCGUUGGGACAUAGCUGCGUUGGAGAGACGGUUAAUGAUCGAGCUUGGCUAGGUGGAUUUCCUCUGGUUUUCACCCAUCAACGUGGACUAUAGCAACAGAGACAAGAUCAAGAUGAACCAGACCAAGGUGGUAGAAGAGGAACCGUAUAACUACUAUGACUACUCAGACUGGUACUCCAACAAUAUGGAACCCACCAGACCUCCAAAAGAAGUUAUUCUCCCAUGUGACCCCACAGCGGAUGACCAGCUUUUUCACGUAUGCAUCGCUUCAGUAUCUCUCGUUGUGGUGCUGAUUCUAGCAGUCCUGAAGAGGAGAAAGAGUCUAUGUGAGGGUUUUGCCAGUGGAUCAACUGGUAUCUCAAGUCCAGUGAACUUCCUGGACCAGACGCAGCACAAAGCCCUAGCAGUAGCUGUGUUUGGGCUGGUCUUCAGCAAGCUGUCUGUAUUGGUCCUGGCUCCAGAUCCCCUGCCCUUCUCCAAAGACACCCCUCAGGAUAUCAAAGAGUACAUGAAGAUCAUCGCCAUCUUCUACUGGCCUGCCCUGUACUACCCACUCCUGGCCUGUGGUACGCUCCACAGUAAACUGGGCUAUGUGCUGGGCAGUCUAUUCUCCUGGACCCACUUUGCUGUCCUCGUCUGGCAGAAGAUUGACUGUCCCAAAACACCGGAGCUGUAUAAGUACUAUUCCCUGCUGGCCAGUCUCCCACAGAUCGGCUGUCUGGGAUUCCUCUGUAUCAAGUACCCACUACUGUUUCUCAAAGGUGCCAAGGCUAAUGGUUCUGAGGACCUGGAGAGCAGCUACUACACAGACUACGUGAAAUUAAUUCUAAAGAAGAAAAAGUCAAACGUCAGUACCUCUAUCAGAUCAGAUAAACCCAAACUGUUGGAGACAAUAAAAGACACAGUCAAGUCCUAUAUCUACACACCAGAGAAAGUAUUCCGAUUUCCACUAAAGCUGGCGAUCUCAGCAUUUGUGUCGUCCAUAGCAGUUUAUCAGGUGGCGCUGUUGCUGGUAAUACUGGUGAUCCCCACCCUCCAUAUUGUCCGUGCUGGUAUAGAUGACAAGUUCCCCUUCCUUCUGGAGGGCUUUGGUAUCGUCCUAUCAGAGGACAGGAUGGAGGUGGUCCAGAUUGUUAUUCACUAUACCUGGUGUCUGGAAGUGUGUUACCUGUGUGGGUUGACCCUGGCCUGUAUGCUCACCCUGAUCAUGCUGAUGAGGUCCAUGAUCCUUCACAGAUGGAACCUCCAGGGCUUGUACAGAGGAGAUAUUUACAACGUGUAUAAUUGCCAGAAGAGCAUCCGUCCGUCUCAGACAGGCCUAGUGUGUUGGAUGGGCUUCAUUGGAUAUCAGGCUGCUGUCAUCUCUUUAGGAAUGGUCUUCCAGACUUUGGUCUUCUUCAUCUGUUUUGUGUGGUUGGUGUUCCUCAUCAUCAUCCCCAUCUUGUAUGGCCAGAACCUUAUACUCUUCCAGGUCGCUGCCAAGGCCUGGCCUGUGUGGCUGACGUUGAUACUGACUAUUACUCUACAACACGUGACAGCCAGGUUUGCCUUCAUCAAAAAGGAUGCUGGGACAAGAGACUUGAACAACAGAGGCAGUCUGUUCCUGCUUACCUACCUGCUCUUCCUGAUCAACAUCGUGGUGGGGUUGAUAGCAGCCAUCUGGAGGAUGGUCAUCACUGCCCUCUAUAACAUCAUCCACCUGGGGCGCAUGGACAUCAGCCUCCUCAACCGCGCUGCUGAAUCCUACGACCCGGCUUAUUGUUACUACACCCACUACCUGAAGGUAGAGGUCAGCCAAUCCCACCCUGUGAUGAAGGCCUUCUGUGGGCUGGCGCUGCAGGCUGCCUCGGCUGGAGGUGCUGGGCAGAAGAUGCGAGAUGCUGAGGAAGGGAUCCAGCUGGUGAAUCAGGAGAAGAGACCGGACAAGGUGGUUAACAGCAGGAGGGUGCGGGCACGCUGGCAGUUACUCUACACGCUGGUCAACAACCCGUCUCUACUGGGGUCCAGAAAACACUACCAGCUGCAGCCCUCUGACAGCUUCGUGAACGGAAUGAACCGUAGCGCCGCGGCAGGAAUCAAGAAAGACGCCAGCAGCAAACCCACCGCUGCCGAGGCAGGCGCUGCCACACCCUCUGGUGCUGCCACACCCUCUGGUGCUGCCACACCCUCAGGCGCUGCCACACCCUCAGGCGCUGCCACACCCUCAGGUGCUGCCACACCCUCAGGCGCUGCCACACCCUCAGGUGCUGCCACACCCUCAGGUGCUGCCACCAACGCCGCUGCUAACUGAGACCAUGACACACGGUCAUGACUGAUGUCAUGUGGUUUAUGGGGUACGGACACCCUGCUGCUCUCUAUAGAACCCAAUGUUCCAACUGCUUCGUCUUCAGGGUAGCAGUUGACUGUAAGAGGUCUGUAAUUUCUGUGGGUUGCAGUCAAGUGCCUUGGCUUGUUCAGCUGCACAUGAAGUGAAUCUCUAUGUAUGUUGCUUUCUGUGUCAUAUUGUUGUCUGCAAUGUCGAUUUUAAAAUUUGCUGGUCUAUUAUUUAGUUUUUGGUAACGGUUGUAUGUGUUUGGUUAUGAUGCACAGAACACAUCCUGUUUUAGCAUCCACUAUCCACCCCUUCCUUUAAUGUGCUGCCCUUUAUCAGUUGUUUCGGUAAGUCUUCAGAGGUUUGAGAUAUUUGCUUUCAAAAUAUAUUUAAGAACAAUGAUACAUGUAUUUUUUGUGUAAAUUAAUGUAACUGACAUCACAAUCCAGAGUGAAAAAAAUCAACUGUUUUUCUCCCAGGUGGGAGAAUGUGAUUAAUAAGACUCUUAUUUUGAAAGAGAGACUUCUUUUCAAACUAAUAAAACAGUUUAAAGUAAAUACAGGGGAACAACAAAUGUGUAAGCAUGUUUUCAAGAACCAUGAUGACUGCGUAUGGAAACCCAUUUUUACAGAAGCCAAUAUUCAAUGCAGGUGCUUCUACACCUGCAUUGCUUGCUGUUUGGGCUUUUAGGCUGGGUUUCUGUACAGCACUUUGAGAUAUCAGCUGAUGUACGAAGGCCUAUAGAAAUACAUUUGAUUUGAUUUUGAAUUUGAUUUGAUUCAGACAGUUCAUUCAUAGUACAACAACCCCUAUUUUUGGCAUUUCACUAUAGAUCGAAUAACAUGCCAUGUUCGGAAGCUGCAAAUCAAUAAUGAACAAGCAUUCCUUGUCAAUACU